UUUGGUAUAUUUUGAUGUAAAUAGGUCCUUAUCACGACUGAAUGCGUUUUUAUCUGGUUUUUAUCUUAGAAGCAGGGCAGUAUCAUGUCAGGGGGUAGUACAGGGCACCACUAGAACCGUGUCAGUAUUAUGUAUCGAAUGUGACAUUAGCAGUAAUAAAGUUGGCUGUCGUGUGUCACGUUCAGUCGUAUAAAGUCGUAUCGUGUGGUAUCGUGUUGUCGUGUACAGUCGUAUACGAAACUGCAUGGGACGUGUAAUCUCUCUUUCGUUUGGUCACACGCGAAGAAACGUACGCAAUGACGGAGAUAGUGGUGGCCACCGACGAGGAGCAGUUACUCUCCAGCAUUUCUAACCUCAUCGCCCGCGCCGCCGACGAUGCGAUUUCACGCGAUGACCGGAUCUUUCGUUUCGGUGUAUCAGGCGGUUCGGUAGUACAAUUGCUGGCUAAAUCUCUGCCUGACAUUGCAACCGACUGGAGCAAAUGGCGCUUCUUUUUUUGCGAUGAACGAGUGGUGCCUUUGGAUGACUCUGAGUCAAAUUUCGGUCUUUACAAAAAUUGUUUAAUAGGAAAAGUCCCCGUUACCGAGGAGCAGUUCAUGAAGGUCGAUCCAGAACUUGAUGCCGAGAACGCGGCGAAGGAUUACAUUAAAAAAAUGGCCUUCUUCUUCCCGCCGGAUAGAUUACCGAGAUUCGAUUGUCUGCUGUUGGGUGUGGGCCAGGAUGGGCACACGUGCUCGCUCUUUCCGGGUCAUCGAGCCCUCGAUGAUGAAAACAUGUGGGUCACAUGGGAACUGAACGCGCCAAAACCACCAUCCAAUAGAAUUAGCCUCACUAUGCCGGUCAUUAAUAACGCUCGCACGUGCGUGUUUAUUGCCACUGGCGCUAGCAAGGCCGAGAUCGUCAAAAGAGUCUUGAGAGAUAAAGAAGAUUUACCAGCUACUAGAGUGGAACCAGUUGAUGGUACUCUUGUUUGGCUGCUCGAUCAAGAAGCGGGCAGGUUACUCAACUCAGACUGAAAAAUGUGAGGUGGGAUUAAAUAAGACUAUUACUAUAUAUACAAGAUUUACAUAAAUUCUAUGACAUUCCAUACUAUGUGCACAUUGUAACUAUUUUUUUCUUUAAAUCUUUCUUCAGAUCUAUGUUUUAACGUAUUUUUUCAUUACAAUUUACUAUUAAAGUCGAUAGAAUAACUUGAAUAAGUGUUAUUAUAUGCUCGUACCAAAGGCGUGUGGAAAAGACUCGCGAGAAAAUUGAAAAUUCAAUUUUCGACUGAUAUUGCUCAACAAUGUCGUUUAUAUUAAAAAAUAUUUUGUUAUCAUGAACCAAUUUGCGUAUUGUAAAAAGACAAUAUUUAAUAAAAAAAAGUAAUAAAAA